CACAAGCAUCAACAGAUGAAGAAGAGGGCAGUACUCCGAUCGGGUUCUUCGCCGGCGUAUUGCCUGUCUAUCAUCUAGCGGCGUGGGAUUCGACAGUACAUGAUGUGGAGAAGAGUCGCCGCAGCGAUUUGGAGGGAAGCAGCAACACGAAUGUUCAGCUCCAUCUCGCCUGCAAGUUUCGUGCAUCUUACACCAAGUUUCAUCUCACGCCGCAUUCAACAACUGCAACUCCACAAGUUCCUUUCGCACGUGCGAAUCAAUUCAGUGAGCAGGUACGACCUUGUAGCUACGACUUGCAUGCUUGCAGGAUGGCCUCCGACCGUGAUAUCUUACCAGACACCGUCAAACCGGUCCACUAUAGUCUUUCCAUUCAUAGUCUUGAAUUUCUAGGAAAUUGGAGCUACCAAGGUCGCGUCAAAAUUGCGCUUGAGAUCAAGAGGCGUGCAAGGGAGAUUGUGCUCAACACAAACCAGCUAAAAAUUCACAGUGCCGAGCUGUCAACUGAACAUACGAAGUCCGAGACAUCUGCUAAAGCUUCUAGCGUUUCUUAUGACGUGCAAAGACAGCGAGCCACCUUGUCGUUCGACGAUGAAUUUCCAACUGCACAAAAAGCCUGGCUGGACAUCACUUUUCAGGGAAUCAUUAACAAUCUCAUGGCUGGGUUCUACCGAUCCAAGUACAAGCCUGCUGUCGCGGCUGCUAAGUCAGUACCUCGUGAUGAAGAGUACCAUUAUAUGUUAAGCACGCAAUUUGAGUCUUGUGACGCCCGCCGAGCAUUUCCGUGCUUCGACGAGCCAAACUUGAAGGCCACCUUCGACUUUGAAAUCGAGAUUCCGGAUGACCAGGUAGCGCUGAGCAAUAUGCCCGUGAAGGAGACCAAGAAAGGAAGCAAGAAUGGCUUGAAGAUUGUCUCGUUCGACACGACCCCAAUUAUGAGCACGUAUCUGCUUGCGUGGGCUGUUGGCGACUUUGAGUAUGUCGAAGACUUCACGAAGCGCAAGUACAACGGCAAAAACCUACCGGUGCGCGUCUACACAACGCGUGGUCUUGAGGAACAAGGCCGAUAUGCUUUAGAGCACGCUCCUAAAAUCAUCGACUACUUUUCUGAAAUCUUUCGCAUAGAUUAUCCUUUGCCAAAGUCAGAUUUACUGGCUGUUCAUGAGUUCUCGCAUGGCGCCAUGGAGAACUGGGGUCUCGUAACCUAUCGUACUACUGCUGUCCUAUUUGAUGAGAAGCAGUCCGAUCAGCGCUAUAAGAACAGGGUUGCCUAUGUCGUCGCUCAUGAAUUGGCCCACCAGUGGUUUGGUAACUUGGUGACAAUGGAUUGGUGGAAUGAGCUGUGGCUCAAUGAGGGAUUCGCUACGUGGGUCGGCUGGCUGGCCAUUGAUCAUCUCCACCCAGAAUGGGCAGUUUGGUCACAGUUUGUCUCUGAAUCUCUGCAAACAGCGUUUGGUCUCGACUCCAUCCGCAACUCACAUCCGAUCGAAGUACCAGUACGGGAUGCUCUUGAGGUGGAUCAAAUAUUUGAUCAUAUUAGCUAUCUUAAAGGCUCGUCGGUCAUUCGCAUGCUUAGCUCCCAUCUCGGCAAUGAAACCUUCUUGCUAGGUGUUUCUAACUAUUUGAAAAGGCAUCAGUUUUCCAAUGCUAGAACUAGUGACUUAUGGUCGGCCCUCAGUGAAGCAUCUGGUCAAGAUGUCGACGCCUUCAUGGAUCCAUGGAUCCGAAAGAUCGGAUUUCCGGUUGUUACCCUUGCAGAAGAACUGGGUCAGAUCGGCGUCAGACAGUCUCGCUUCCUGAUUUCUGGCGACAUUAAACCCGAGGAAGAUGAGACCAUUUGGUGGAUCCCUCUAGGCAUCAAGUUUACUGCAUCAACUAAAAAAAUAUUGCAUACCGCAUUGACAGAGAAGGAAACUACAGUUCGAGACAUUGACGAGGGAUUCUACAAAAUAAACGCAGACCAAACCGGAUUCUAUAGGACGAACUAUCCUCCCGCUCAUCUUACCAGGCUCGGCGAAAAACGUCACUCACUAUCAGUAGAAGAUCGCAUCGGUCUAAUAGGCGAUGUUGCAGCUCUUGCUCAGUCUGGAGACGGAACAACUGCCGCAUUUUUAGCCCUAGUGGAACAGUUUCAAGAUGAGAAACAGUAUCUUGUCUGGCAGCAGAUUAUAACCGCACUCGGUAACAUUCGUUCGAUCUUCAGCGAUGUGCAGGAUAUCUCGAAUGGCCUCAGGAUCUUUACUCUUAAGCUUCUCACGCCUGCUGUAGAAAAGAUCGGCUGGGAGUUCGCCCCCAAUGAAGACCUACUGACGGGCCAGCUACGUGCUCUGCUCAUCGCUCAAGCUGGAAUGUCUGGUCACCAGCCCACAAUUACCGAAGCUACCAAGCGUUUUAAUUCCUUUAAUGCCGGCGAUCAAGCUGCCAUACACCCGAGCCUGCGCUCCCCCAUUUUCCGUAUCUGCGUUACCCACGGUAGAAAAGACGCCUAUGAAGCGGUGAAGAACUUUUACUUAACCACUACUUCCGUUGACGGCAAAGAAAUCGCACUUCAAGCUCUCGGUCGUGUUCAAACGUCAGAGCUUGCUACAGAGUACCUCGACUUCACGUUCUCGGACAAAGUUGCUGUGCAGGAUCGCCAUUCACCUGCAAUUGCGCUUGCUGCAAACGGAAAGACCCGCCUCGCGCUUUGGGAGUACAUCAAGAACAAUUGGGAGGAGAAGGUCUUUGCCAGCUUGAGUGGCAAUAUGGUCGUGUUGGAACGCUUUUUGCGGUCAGCUUUGAAUAAGCAUUCGAGCUUUGCAGUCGAACAAGAUAUAGAAAAGUUCUUUGAGGGCAAGGAUCAGAGAGGGUACGAUCGUGGCCUUGGCGUUGUGAAGGAUACCAUCCACGGAGCGGCGAAUUACAAGGAGAGGGACGAGGCUCUCGUUAGAGAGUGGCUUAAGGCACACGGUUAUCUGCAAUGACUGCAUGGAACACAUAAGAUUUUCUUCACAAGGUUGUGAUUUUGGUCUUGUCUUGGAAGCGGUAGCUGAUGCCAUGCACAUCAAACCCACAUGCAAGAAACACAGAUUUUGAGGUAAAUGAUCUGAAUAAACGAUAAAAUUCAAAUAUCUCCUGUAAGGGGAGCUCUUCCGUGAUCUGAAUUUAGAGAUUUUGUAUGAUAAAGCGGUCUGUUUUCGUGUUAACAAUUGUCGAUCUAAUAAUACUGCGAACAAGUAUGAACGACGCGAAGCAACGGAUCACAUGAUCCAUAGCGCACUCAUCAAGCAC